UAAAGUCAUGAAAUGUUAAGUUAAACCGAUUAGUUCUUCUGAAAACGUUGACACGCUCUACUAAUUCGGUUCAAAAACAAAAAUCAUAGUAUAUAUUUUUUUGUUCCAUAUAUAAUAUGUAAGAGAGGAAGGAGUUGAACAGCCGCUUAGUUUAUUAAUUCGUUCGCUUGGAAAAGAUGGUCAGUCCGCUGCCCGUACAUUCGGUGCAUAUAGAAAAACUAGCUUCCCACGAUCAGAUGGCCUAUUCUAUGGUCGGCCAUCCCCAGAACGCUCCACAUAGUGCCGGACCAACUAAUAACCAAAGCAUACUCGGCCUCUUCGCCAGCCUGGGCAACCGUUUCCGUCGACUAUUUUCCCACCUGGCGGUCAAGAUAUUUAGCUGCUUAUUCUACGGCCAAGCAGGUGGUGCCUACAGGGAGGUGCCCCUCUCGCCGGAAUCCCUUCAGCGGCUGCAGGUGGUGGGCCGGAAGACCCUGGUGCUGGACUUGGAUGAGACCCUGGUCCACUCCUGUUACACGGAUCCAGAGACGCAGGACGAAAUUGGCUGCAGUCAGAUACCUGCUAAGGCGGUGCCCGACUUCAGAAUCAGUGUCAGCAUCGAUGAAGUCUCCAACAUCCCCUUCCGGGUCUUCAAGCGGCCCCAUGUGGAUAAGUUUCUAAAUUUGGUGUCCAAGUGGUAUGACCUGGUCAUCUAUACGGCCAGCCUGGAGGUCUACGCCUCCAAGGUGGUGGAUCUCCUGGAUGGGGGCCGAGAGAUGCUGACACGCCGCCUUUACCGCCAGCACUGUCACUCCAACACGACUCUAUUCACCAAAGAUUUGACCCUGGUCAAUGAGGAUCUGAGAGGCGUCUUCAUUAUCGACAACUCACCGAACGCCUACGUCUAUUUCCCCCACAAUGCAUUGCCCAUUAAGUCAUUCAUCUACGAUCCUAAUGACCGGGAACUGCUAAAUCUGCUGCCAUUCCUCGAUGCUCUGCGGUUUACGAAGGACGUUCGGUCGGUCCUUGGACGGCGUGUCUCAGCCUAGUGUAGUGUAUGUGUAUAGUCGAAACCAGAAUCCAAAUUUAGAUGGAUAUUUUGCGAAUUUCUUUUGUUUUUGUUAAAAAAUAAAUUGUAAAUGAAAAAC